CCAGCGAAGUGUGAUUGAGAAAGAAAAAUUGGAAGACUGGAAGUGAAAUGAUGAAAUCGAUGAAAUUUUUAUCCUCACUUUUGAUGGUUUACGGAGUGAUCGGAUUUCCGAAUCAACAGCAGAGCCAAGAGCCUCUUGAUGCUGCCGGAAACGGAGUCCAAUUAAAACUCCAGGGGAUGACAACCUCCUCACCGUCGCCUAACAACUACUCGGUGAAGUUUAAUUCGACGAACAGCGUCAUCGCGACACCCUCGACGGCGUCCGCGUCAUCCUCAUCGGUAAAGACGAAGUCUUUGUCGUCAACGACAUCCCUGCCGGAAACUAAGAAGAAGGUCCACGUCUCAAAGAGCACCGAGCAUCCGAUUCCGGUGUCGAUUGAUCAGAUCGGCGCUACGACAACUUCUUCCGGCGUUAAGGAGACUCGCGGAUCGCUGAUCGGGAAAAUUAGACCCCAAAUAAAACUUACAACUAAUUAUACCAGCGCCAGUGAGACCGGCGUGAGACUCCCGGAAGGAGCUAGUGCUGCGGCACUGGCAAAGCCUACGAAGUAUCACUACUAUCCACACAAUCAGCACAUAUAUCUAUUGCCCGAGUGCGCUGUGCAGCAAGUUUGCAACGCGGUAUACGUGCGGCUUAACUUUACUCAGCCUCUCUGCGCCUGUCCUGGACGUUACAGAGAUCCGUGCAGCGCUUCGCUCGACAGCGACGACCACCACACCACGGAACUGGUCACCGACCCUCGUACCAAGGCAUUAACGCUUGUAAAGACGUGUGAGCCGGUGGCUGAUAUGAGAGAAUGCAGAGCACCGAAAGACUGGUCUCUCCUCGCGUUGCAAAACGUGAGAACAGGAAAAUCCCAUUACCUCGUGAUAUGUCGGUGCCCAGACACCAAUAUCCUGGAAGGUCCUAUGAGCCACGACCAGCCAAUGUACGCGAGUGUUCCUGGCAUCCGAGUAUACGGCAUGAUGUGCGUCCAGGGAAAUCGCCGAGGUCGUCCGUUGCGCUACACCCGCAGUUUACUGGACCUCACGACAAUGGAGGACGAUACUGUCUCAAAGCCACUAUUUCCAUGGCACAAAGUUUCCGAGCUAAUGAAAGCUGCCUUGGAAGGCUGAUGAUGGCCGCCGCAAAGAACAUACUACAGCGCAUACAGCCAUAUAUUAUAUAAUAAUAUGAGGCCCUUUGCUCGGUGGAAAUUAGAUAACGGUUUAAAUUAC